AAUUGGCAGAGCCAGAAUUCAAACCCAGGUGUUUAACUCCAGAACCUAAGCUCAAAACUAAUAUUCCUUGCUGACUUGUCUCUCACUUCAAAAAGAGGAUAUUCUAGAUAUAUCAGGGAAGGGACUGGGGCACAUUAACAUUGAUUGAUCACCUUCAGUGUGUCAGACUUUCUGCUUUAUAAACAUACCUCAUUUAUCCUCAAGACAACUCUUCAAGGUAGGUAUUACAGUAUCCUACUUGCAGAUGAGAAAACCAAGUCUUAAGGAGAUUAAGUAGGUUGCUCAAGACCACAAAGCUGUUAUAUCGCAGAGUCAGGAUUCAAAUCAGGUAUGACUGGCUCCAAAGCUCUGAGAAACGGAAAAUAGGGAUACAGGAAAAACAAGUCCAUCCAUGUACAAGACACUGAGUCCAUUUUCCAGGGCCACCUUUGCUUUCCCUCAGAGGACUCUGCUCCCAGUCUCUGGCUCCAGGUCUGCAGCCAGGCUAACAAGAACCUGCUGGCCUAAGUCCCAAGAUGUGAUCUAUCCAGCCAACCCUUCAUCUUCUCCCCUACCCUGGGGCUUCCUGGAGCCCCCUCUGCUCCUCCCACUUCAUUGCAGCUCAGGGCCCUCAGAGACUGGCUUUGCUCCUUCUCUCUUUGAAGCACAGAACAAGAAAUCCAAAAAGAUCAGCAGAAAAGAAGCGGAAAAAAGAAGAUCUUCCAAGAACCCGAAAGAUCCUUUUCCCUUCGCCGAGUCCCCUUCACCGCAGAAGUUCCGCGGGCUGCGCACUUGCUCUCUCCUGGUCCUGGGGAAACGUGGUUACCUGGCCCUGAGGCUGCCCUCCUGGACCUUUCUCAACUGGAGACCCUUGUUGUGCCUGCAGUGACAUAAGCAGUAUGGAAUGGAGGAGGCAAACAUCAGACCCUGGACUGGACAGAGCUCAAGCCACCUAGAUGGAGCACACACACAAAAAGAUGGGUGCUCCAGGCUAGGCUGGGGACACGAUUCUGCACAUUGGGAAAGUCUGUGUUUCUCUGGGCUUCUAUUUACUUGUCUGUAAAAUGGGAUAUAAUCACU